UAGACGUAUAUAUAUAUAUGUAUAUAAUUGGACGUAAUCAACAUGGUAUCGUACUGUUGCAUUUGUAGAAGAAAAUAUGACAAGAAUAAUGGUAUAUCAUUUCAUGCAUUUCCGAAGUCGAGGGAACGUCGGGCGGCUUGGGAAAUAGCGUGCAAGUUAGAGAAACCUGCACCUGCAUCCAUACAAAUAUGUUCCGAACAUUUUACGCCGGACAGUUUCAUGCGAUUCUAUGGAAUUAGAUUAUUGAAACUGUCAGCGAUACCGUCAAAAUUUCCAUGGAACAAAGAGAAUAAUCUAGCAGCGAGUAACUUUGAAGAUCAUACUUAUGCUCAGUGUGAUCGGACUUCCGUGUCGUCCAAACAACAUCAAGAAUAUGGAAUCAAAGUCGUAUCUUCCUCAUGUAGUAUUCCAUCUAAAGAGACAUGCAAUGUACCAAAGAUAUUGUCUAUCGAGAACCCCAGCUUCCAAAUGUAUUCACCUUACACCCAAUCUAAUACAACCGUAUUAAACCAACCCCCAGAAUGUGAGCUUGAAGUUGCUACUUCCUCAUGCGAAAUUAGUGUACAAACUGAAGAAGAUUGCGAGGUACCAAGUACUAAGGAUUCUACCAUUCUUUAUUUCCCUGACGCUGAAUCCAACACGACUUUUGUAUUAAACCAAGAACAGGAAUGUGAACGUGAAGUCACUGUUCCAAGUAAUGAAUGUAAUUUACCAAAGGCACCAAAUACUCAGGACGCUAGUAUUCAAAUUCAUCCACCUUCGUCAGCAACGUCAAAGUGGCAAUCGGAAGAUACGAAUGGGCCUGUUAAAAAAAGAAAAAUAUGGCGUCCUGCGAGAAUAGGAGAUCUUGCGCCAGAACAUUUUUCUACGCCUCGAAAAGCUGCACUAAACAUAGAAAUGAUACGAAAGAAAAACCACGAGAAAUCGCUGAAGAUAAAAGUAUUGCAAACACAGAACAAUAGAUUACUUAAGAGACUGAAGGUAUUAGAGGAGUUAAUCGCGGAUUUGGAAGACAACGAUCUCAUCCCUGAAACACUAAAACUAAAAAAAACUAAGACACGUGGAUUGACGAAAUUUCCACGGACAAAGUCAAGUCUGGUUAAACAUGAAAAGAAGAAGACCUAAAACCUCUUUUAUUAAUUAAAGAUAUUCACUGAAAUGGAAAAAGAUAUACAGGGUUGAUAGAUUUAGGUUUUCCGUUAUUAUCGAUCAUGCUAUGAUGCGACAAAUGUAUGGAUCUCCUUAGUUGUAGGUAUAAAUACCCACUGGAAAAUGCUGGUACGAUAUUUUUUCUUAUUAAUUCUCUAUCUACUAGAAACUGUACGAAAGUUCAUUAAACGUAUGCACUAAAUUGAUUCACGAAACAGGAGCAAUUUUAACUUCAUUAGCAUCAUAAACCGAAGGAGAGAAAUUUGAAGCUAUUUGUUCAUCAUCCAAUAACAAAGCAAAAAACAUAAGAUAUAUUUUUAAAGAUUCAGUUACUACUUACUACAUCGAUGUGUAACUAUCUUAUACAGGAGAAAUGAUUAGGAAAAAUAAGGUAAUGAUCAAAUUAAUGUCGUUUUGUAAUGAACAAUAUAAAUGAAUUAUUUUGAAA